UAACCCAUUUCUAAUCGACUUUUUUUCAUCACUAAUCCGACUUGGCGGAUUUUUGUGAGCCAUGUCGAAUAAAGUUGAUAAACUACACAAACAGGCUUUACGGGAGCAACAAAAACGAAUCAAACCGGGAGAAUGCAUGAAAUAUGUGCGGAUGGUCAUAGAUACCGGAUUUAUGGGCAUUCCCUUAGGCCAGGAGAUGCUGCAGCAACUUAAUUCCACGGAUUUAAAGUAUGAAAUAAGGACCCUGCCAGUGAGCUACUGCAUCCUAUGGGAACGUAAUGUGGGACAGCGGACAAUUGCUUUGGGAACCAGUCCCACUGGUCUGGAUGAAACCUGGAAGCGUGAGAACCAAGUGGUCCAAUGGCUAUCCGAAUACGAUUUUCAAAAGGCUGUUAAGGAUCAAAGUCUGGUUUGCCUGGGCCCCAGACUACAGGCCUCAUUUCCGGACUGCCAGUAUACGGUAGCCCUAACUAAACUUCGUCAUAGCAAACACGGCAGUUCAGCCGGCCAGGACGCCUUGAUAGAGAUGCAGCUGCUCCAGAAGCUCCAUGUGGAGCAGCUUAAUCAUCCCGAAAGCCAAGAUUUUUUGGCCUUUCUCCAGCGCUACACAAAAGCCAUAGCCGAAGCUCCAUAUAAGAAGCAACGUAACGAAACACUGGGCAGUUUCAAAAAGUACCUGGCCAACGACAAGAAGCAGUGCGUCCGUGUGGAUCAGGGCAAUGGUUAUGGCCGCCUAUGGCAGCAGCAUCUGAACCGAUUGCCGCAGGUCACUCUCGAGGUGGCCGAAUCGAUUAUAGCGCAGUAUCCCUGUCCCAAGAAACUUCUAGAUCACUUUUCCAGUGAUCCCAUGGCAGUGCAAAGCCUAGCCGACUUAAAGAUCAAGCGCUGCAAUGGACCCCAACCUCUUCACACCGAGCGACGUAUCGGAAAUGUUCUCAGUAGCAAGCUGUAUACUUUGUACAAUGCUAAGGAUCCAAAUACUCUGAUCUAAAUAUAGAUAUUUAUGUUAAGUUA